CCAUCUUGGACCAAAUGGGUAAACCGCGGGUAAUUUUGAUAUAACGGAGAUUCAAAAUCGUAUUCUGUUUUGGGGGUUUUCUCCCUCGUCGCUUCAUCUACUUUGGUCCCCAAAAACGUAGUCCAUGGACUCGUCACUUCAGCGAGAGUUGGAUGACACAACCCCCAGGACAUCCCUGCGGCAACAGCUCAAGGUUCUCCCACCACAGGAGACACCUGUUGUCUUGAAGGAGGGACACCGGGAGAGGCAGGCCAAGAGGAAGGAUGCUACCUCCCCUUCGAAAGCUUCCCCCAAGCGGGCUAAAGGCAAUGCUGAGGCUACAAACCUGCACAAUCAGGUGCUUCGCCAACGAUUGCAGCUCUCCAGGAGGUCACUGGACCAAUCCCUCAACAUUAGCAAUAUCAAAGGAACCAACCAGACCUAUGCAGACCUCAGCAUUUCAGACAGUGGAGACUCUUUCACUAAAGAGAGCAUUGACCUGGAAACAGCGGCCAGGUUCCGCAAGAAGAGAACCAGAGCCUUGGAGUCAGUAUCUCAGCCAGAAUUGCCAGUUGGUGCCCUUAUGAAGAAGACCAGCUCUAUGGAUCAGUCACUCAGGAGUCUUAGGUCAAACACAAGCUUAGCCAGUCAGACAUAUGCUGACCUGAGUCUCCUGGCCAGUGAUGAGUCUUCUCUGAGUGAGAGCAUUAACCUAGAGAAAGUCACCAGGUUCCGUAAGAGAAGCAAGCCUCUGGCGUCUGCAUCCCAGCCGGAACUGUCCUCCAAAAUUGUUGCCAAGAAGCCUACCACAGGAAAGAAGGCAGGAGGGAAGAUGGAGUCAAGUGUUUUCCUCAGUACGGAUAAAACCUAUGGGGCCAUAAGUGAUAGCCUACUAGAGUCUUCCAAUGACAGCAUUAACCUUGAAGCAGCCAGGAAGAUGCGCUACCGUAGCAGGAGAGAGAAAGUGGUCCUCUCCCAGCCUAACCCAGAUUUACCUCCCCUCGUAACACCAAAGAAAGGAAAAGGCUCCUCACGACAAAAUAUGUCCCCCAAAUGGAAGUCACCAGAAAGGUUUACCUCCCGUAGAGGGAAAGAAGAAAAAAGGCCAGAUUCACCUGUAGCUAUACCAUCAACCAAGCCAACUUCCCACCUUGACAAUACUUAUGACUUAGACAGUGCUGAUGAGAGCCUAGAAAAUGUAAAGGCAGCAACUAGGCGAAGGUUUGGGCGUAAAGCACCACCUGUGGAGUUGAAUUUGACUGCACUCAUGAAGAAUUUGAAAAAGUCAGAACUGGAAACAGUAGAGGAUGAGGAAGAGGAGAAAGAGAGGGAAGAGAAACAGCCUUCAGAAACUGAGAGCACAACUUUACAAGAGGACGAACACAUGGAGAAAGAGUCUAGCCACAUACUGAUUUCUCUAGAUUCAAGUAGCGAGAAUAGUUUUGAUGAUCAGGAUAGCCAAGCCUCUCAGGCCAUCAGAGCGAUCCCAGAAAGUCAGGAUAAUGAUGGUAUUCUAAUUCCUGAGACCCAGGAAUCAGUGAGGGAGGGCCAGGGAGUUGAUACACCAAAUAGUUAUUCAUCUGAAACUGAGGAUCUGCAUGAAGAGCAGGCAGAAGGAGGGGUGACAUCCAUCCCAGAUACACAAGAGGAGGCAGAGGGAGGGGUGACAUCCAUCCCAGAAACACAAAAGGAGGCAGAGGGAGGGGAGACAUCCAUCCCAGAAACACAAGAGAGUAAUGCCAGUGCUGGGGCUCAUUCCACUACCAAGGAACUGAUUGAGAAAGAGGAUGAAUACCCUGACCAGCUGUCUCCCCCACUCAACUUCCGUGAUGCAGAUGAGGAGCACCGAGAUAAUGAGGCAUCUGAGAUUGAUCAUACAAGCUUUAUUCUUGAUAGCGAUGAUGACAAGGAUAAAGAAUUAGAGAGCAACAUAUCUGCACCCAUCUCUACUCUAGAGGGAUCACCUGAUCGUAAUAGGAGUUCUGCUGGGGUCUCAGAUAUGGCUUCAUCUCCACUGCGGAAAAGUAUGAGAUUACACAUGGAUAAGACAGAUUCUCCUCAGAAAUCUUUAGAAUCAGAUGCCAAAUUUUCUGAGAUGAGCUUGGGAUCUCAAGUUCAAAUUGAGAGCAAAAGCCAGCUCAGGGCUCGUUCUUCCCUUGGGGAGACUACAGGGGAACGUUCUUCACCAAGGAGUGCAAGGAAAAGUUUGCCUGCUUCAUUUUCACAGAGACUUGCAGGCUUGGAUAGCAAAAGUCCAAGGAAAAGUGUUGGGAUGCUCUAUUUGGAAAGUAAUUUUGAUAAAGAUUUACAGAGUGGCAGCCCAUGGAAAGAUUUUAAGAUGAAAAAUGCUCUGGUGAAAUUGACAAGACUAGAUGAAAGUACAGCCACAAAUCUUUCACCAGCUGGAAUAUCUAGACUUAAAACACAGUCCCCUUCAGAACAUACCAUAAGAACCCCUCACACGGAAAGCAAAGAGUUGCCACCCUCAGGCUCCCCUCGGCCGAAUGAUGUGUCCUUAAGUAAGAAGAAACUGUUUGAGGGAGGGAAAUCAAAGAUGGCUACUCAGAAGGCUAAGAUGCACACAGUCACCAUUGAGGCUGAAGUCCACCCAGAAGAGGCCAUUAAAGCAGCUACAAGAGCCUCUCCGGGGAUGUUAGCUGUUGUAGAUUCACAGGAAGAGCAGGAGUCAGUAGGAAGCAUCAAUGAAGAGGUUCAGGAUGAACUGUCAAGUCCCAAGUCAAAGAGUAGAUCACCAGUGCUAAUUCAGGAUGCUGAUGCAGUGGAUGUUCCUGCAGAGGAAGAUAUCGAAGAGUUUGAUGGGGUUACAUCCAUUGCAGACAACAACAGCAGCAAAGGCGAUGACCCCACGUUAUUAAAGAAAGAUCUGGAAGAGAUAGUUAAUGAGGAGACUAGACUGGCUUCACCCCAAAGAAGAAAAAUGUUUGAGGCAGACGCAACUUCUGAUAGGACGAUAAGAGAGAGGUCUAGUCAAAGCACAUCCAGCAUAAUUGAAGAAGCAACAGAGCCAGCUGUUUCUGACACUGUAGAAGAACUGACAGGAAAAGAGAGUCAGGCUCAAAGGAGUAAUGUGAGAGCGAUUAUGGCAUCAUCAGAUCUCGGCCCAGCAGCCACAGCAAGCCAGACAGAUGAGAGUGACGAAGAAGAAGAAUUCCUGUUGCCAACACUUCUCAGAAGAAAAAGUGUGAUGCCAGAAAUGGAAGCAGAGAUGCCAGAUGAGAGUUUAGAUACAUCCAAUGAUGUCAGCUUGGGAGAAUAUAGGGAAGUAUCCAUAAGAGUGCCAGAUCUCGACAAUUCCCAGGCUGCUGUGAACAAGCAGGUGCAGGGGACAUCAGAGGCUAAUGAUCACACUUCCAGCAUCCACAAGGCCACACUAGCCACCAUUGCCUCUAACCCAAAGCAGAUGACAAUGAAAGAGUUCUUGGAAAAGUUGGCAGCAAAGCCAAUGCAGGCUCCAGUCCCUACUAAGCAAGAAGGUCCACGUCUGGCUUCUCUGCUUAAGUAUACCAAGCCACAGACACCAAGGAAAGUCAGCCUCAGACGUCCCAAGGCUGAUAAGAACCCAAAGAAGGAGCUCCCAAAGAGGCUUUCCAAAGCUGCAACUAGAGACUUAUUCUCACACUUUGCCAAAUGCAGGCUCACUCCUGAUGGCUUGAACCAGCUCCUAAAGGUGAGUGAAGAAUACUGGAAAAACUGCUGCUCAGACCUGGCCAACUUUGUGGCAGCGAGAGGGGGCGUGAAAGAAGUACAGGCCAAGGAUGUGAAGAAGCUAAUGAAACGUCAGGGGCUCAUGUCUUCAGAGGAGGACUUACAGAUCUUGGUUCAGAAGUACCUUCCUGCUGAGGAGUGGAAUCACCUUAUCCCAACAGCUUAUGCAAAGGGGAACAUAUACCCACUCCCUCCUGAUUCAUAGGUGGGAUAUCGGCAUAAGAGCCACAGACACAAGUAGUACCUGAAACCAAACAAAUCAAUAUGAUUAUAUCAUGCAAGAAGUUAGAAAACAAAGUAAAAUUAAUUGCUCCCAUGUAACUUUAAGGUUUAAAGUACAGGGUCAACAUAGGAUAUUAAAACUUCUGAAAAAAUUAAAGCUGGUAUUAAAACAUCAGUAGCAACUGAAAAAAGUAGUUUAGUUACAGAUGACUAAGCUUGUACAAAGCAGUCACAUAGUGAUAUUGCAAAAAAGAUGAUGAAAAAAGACUCGUUCCUUUAGAGGCUUCAGAAGUUCAUUCUGCCAGGAAGUUAAGCCACUUUCCUAAGUCUUGUAAGAAGAUAGAAAAUAAGGUGAAAUGAAGUGGUCACAGACAGUUUUAAGUUUUUAACAAAGUGAAGACAAGGUAGCAAAGUUUAAAACUUGUAAUUGAAGAAAAGUAAUCAAAUUCUGUAAGCACAAAGUAGUUUAAAAAUUAUUCUUGCACAGAAGUAAAGGAGAGUUUUGCUUCAGCAAGAAUUAAUUAUUGUAACCGUUAAAGGAAAUAGAGAAAUGUGUUUUUAUAUAUUUUUGAUACCUAAAUUGGUUUAAGCUGCUGUCUUAAGUGUAUCUCGGAUAGAUCCAUUAGGUUAGACUGAUACCAUGCAGGUAUUUCCACAAGCAAUGGUCCACAUUCUCAUCUAUUAACACUUGUAUUGUAUACACAUGUAAAAACAAUUUUAAUAGCUCUUAGAGAGAUGGUACUUUGCUCAUGCAUAAUUUCAGUUCAAAGGGAACAAAUUCACUUCUCUCAUGUGCACAGUGUUUGUACUUGUUCUUAAUACAGAAUAAUCUUGAUAAAAAGAAGAAAAAAAAAAAAAAAAAAAAAAUGUUGCUUAGGUAUUGUCCAUAUUAUGGAAGUUCCUACUUUAUAUAGAUGUGUAUAGAGGAAAUAACUUUAUUAAGCAUAUUUUCAUUUUUGUUUUUAUUAAUACAGUCCAAGAUUUUAGAACAUUAUUGAAUGUUGGUAAUGGUCCACUUGAAAAGUUUGCUAAAUUUACAAUUUUCGUGUGCCAUUUUUCCUUUUAUGCUCUUUCCUUCUGUUUUUACUUUUUAUCUCUAAGCUCUGAUUGUGAUGGCACAGAAGAAGAAAACCUUCAUACUCCUAUAUUAAGUUCACAUAUUAUUUUCACUUAUUGAUUUAUUUUCUUGUACAUAGAUUAUUAUAUUAGUAUUGUCAUAUGUUUUCUGUUAGAAUAUAUUCUUUGUAUGAUUUGAACAUAUACAAAUUGUUUUUGUCACUUACUGAAUAUUUUUAAGCAAAAUAAAGUAAUAUUCUUUACA